AUGGCACCUCUUGGCACGACUUUGUUGCGUCCACCUGUGGCCGACCCUGCCUUUGGCCACAUGUUUGCUACGAGCCCCGUACUUGACACAGGUAAGGAACUCUUGACAGACCAUCAUCAUGAUGUAUGGGACCGAAAAGAUCGUCUUCCUGAACCACCAAUUAUUGAACAGCCAUUUCACAUGGUCCACAUAUUGCGUAUGGCGCAGACGAAAGCUACGAAGAUGUCUUCGGUCAAGCCGAUCCAGCAGCUUGGCCGCCAGCAUGGCUCCAUUCGUAUUAAGGCGGAGAGUAUGCCUGUCAACGAGCAGGAGGCCGAAGUACUCGAGACUUCUUCUAGCGUGGCUGAGUCGACUGAGGUGCCACUUUGCACGAAGAUUGCUCGUACACGAUCCAUGAAAAGUACACCGCCUCGCCGUAAACCGGCUCCCAAACUGGAUGAGGACAUGUUGGAGGGUCAGCAUGCGACCCUGUCCCUUGCUCCAGAGCAGAAAACAGCGCCAGUACCUCCACAGCUUCCCAAAAAGAGCCAGGAACGCUCUCUCACUAAAGCCAUACAGCCCUUCCCUUACCUACAGAACGGUCUCAUUCCCAUUGUGCCGCCCCCUCGUCCAUCGAAGAACCCCCUUCGAUCGAAGACGCUGCGUCCAUGGGCCAGUGAACGAGAAUUGUCGAAGUCAUACGAUGCCAUGGCACAUACGUCUAUGGACCAGGUUUGGGCUCACGUUUCUCAUACUCUGUCUCGAAAGUCGGAUGUGGACGAUACGGACACAGAUCUUCCUGCCUUGGAAUCAGAUCAUGAGACGGCAUCGACUCACAGCUCUGAGGGACACAAUCUGGUGAGAUAA